CCUCCCGCUCCUCUCCAUCCCGACUCCAGCAUCUGCGUCCUCCCCCUGACCUGGCCCGUCGUAUCCGAAUCCCACCAUGGCCCGAGGAGACGCCCCAGAGGACGACUACCACCUAGUCGGGACCAGCUUCUUUAUCCUGGGUUUGGGGACCCUGCUGCCCUGGAACUUCUUUAUCACUGCCAUUCCGUACUUCCAGGCCCGACUGGCCAUUGUCAAUGUCACGGGGGAGCCUUCCGGAGCCAACCUCACAAGCCCCGGGGAUGCCUUCAACUUCAACAACUGGAUGACCCUCCUGUCCCAGCUGCCCCUGCUGCUCUUCACCCUCCUCAACUCCUUCCUUUACCAGUGCGUCCCGGAGAGGGUCCGCAUCCUGGGCAGCCUCCUGGGCAUCCUGAUGCUCUUCGUCCUCACGGCCGUGCUCGUCAAAGUGGACAUGAGCCCCCGGCUCUUCUUCUCUAUCACCAUGGCCUCCAUCUGGUUCAUCAACUCCUUCUGCGCCAUCCUCCAGGGCAGUCUCUUUGGGCAGCUGGGGGCCAUGCCCCCCAUGUACAGCACCCUCUUCCUCAGCGGCCAGGGCUUAGCCGGGACCUUUGCCGCUCUCGCCAUGCUGAUGUCCAUGGCCAGCGGAGUGGACGCACAGACCUCAGCCCUCGGCUAUUUCAUCACCCCGUGCGUGGGAAUCCUCAUCUCCACCGGCUGCUACCUGUCCCUGUCCCACUUGGAGUUCGCCCGCUAUUACCUGGACAAGAAGGCGCCCCACCCGCAGGCCUAUGAGCUGGAGACCAGGGCCGAGCUGCUCCAGGCUGAUGAGAAGAACGGCUUUUCUGGGAGUCCCCAGAAAGCAAUGCUGGCCCUGGAGCCGGAGCCAGAGAAGGAGCCCAAGCCGGGAAAGGCCUCGGUCCCGGCCGUGCUCAGAAAGAUCUGGAUGAUGGCUCUGUGCAUCGUGCUGGUGUUCACAGUAACCCUGUCCGUGUUUCCGGCCAUCACGGCCAUGGUGACCAGCUCCAGGGGCCCCGGGAAGUGGAGCCAGUUCUUUAACCCCAUCUGCUGCUUUCUCCUCUUCAACACCAUGGACUGGCUGGGGAGAAGUCUGACUUCCUACUUCCUGUGGCCGGACCGGGACGGCCGCCUGCUGCCGCUGCUGGCCUGCCUGCGCUUCCUGUUCGUGCCCCUCUUCAUGCUGUGCCACGUGCCCGAGCGCUCCCACCUGCCCAUCCUCUUCCCGCAGGACGCCUGUUUCAUCACCUUCAUGCUGCUGUUCGCGCUCUCCAACGGCUACCUGGUGUCUCUGACCAUGUGCCUGGCGCCCAGGCAGGUCCUGCCCCACGAGAGUGAGGUGGCCGGAGCCCUCAUGACCUUCUUCUUGGCCCUCGGGCUCUCCUGUGGGGCUUCCCUGUCCUUCCUCUUCAAGUCCCUGUUGUGAGGCAGCCCGCUUCCCUCCUUGCCUGUGGGAACGGGCCGGCAGCCUUGGGGGGGCUGUGAAGGCCAGGCAGGCAGGUCCCGGGCGGGAGCCUGAGGCAGAGGAAGGCAGACCCUGUGGAUCUCAGGCCUGAAGGCUCCCGAGAGCCACUGCUACCAGUCAGCAGCUGCCCUGCCCCGCCUGCCAAGGAAGGGCUGUGACUUAGCAGCCGGUAAUAGCCUGGCAAGGGGGAUGGAAGCCCCCCCACAUUUCCUGGUACUGGGUGAUCCCCCAACAGCUCUAAAAAAGGAGCUGAUGGUUUGGGUGCUGACCUGCCCUGGAGGCAGGGGGAUGGCCCGGAUGACCCCUGGAGGCCCUGUGUUUCCAUUGGGGAACCCUUACCUUGGACAUUGUUAAACUUCCCAUUCUCGGGAGCUCCCUGGAGGAGUCUGGGAAUUCCUUUGGAUGAGGCUUUACAGUGAGCCAUGGCGGGGGGAGGGGAGUAAUGGCAGGCUCUGCCCCGAGCUCCCGGCUUUCCCCACAAGUAUUCCUAGUGAGGUCUGUGCCAACGGUGAGCUCAGCUCCGGGAUCUGACAAAGAAGGUCUGACAUGGGAAAAGCAGGGCAGGGGGGGCCUCAGUCAGCAAGCAUUAAGGCCUCCUGUGUGCCAGGCCCUAUGCCGGGCCCCAGAUCUGUCUUCAAGGAGCUCCCAUUCUGCAGGAAAAGCAAGCUCAGUUUGGGGAUGGGGGCCAGAGACCGGGAGGGAGGGCGCUUUGCCGGAGACUUCCCUCGGAGCCUGUGGCCUGUCUGCGGUGGGGCCGCUUGCCCCUGCUGCUGCCCAGCGCACAAGGCCGUCUGGCGGGCCCAGACGGGAGAUGCUCCUGGAAGCAGAGCCCAGAGUGGCCUCCAGAUCCCUCCUGCCUCCCGGUUGGUGCUGUUACAGGAGCCGCCCCUUUGUCUGCUGGAGGUUCCUUCCCAGGCUGGAGCUCCAGGGCUGAGCAGGGCCAGACACACACUCUCUUAUACUUAUACAGAGAGUUGGAACCUUCUAUCCUCAAGCACUUCUGCUAGCCGGACAACAAAGGCUUCCUGGGCGAGGUUGGCCUUGGCCCCAUUAUACAGAGGAGGAAAUUGUGGUUCAGGGUGGGUGUCUAAGAAUGGCAGCCCUGCUCCUUCAGGAGUAGCUUUACUAAGUUAGCAUUUAUUGAGCACCUAGUAUAUGCAUGAAGGAGAUAUGGAAAAUUUGAGCCCCGCCCUGAGGGGUUUUAUAGUCUGAUUGGGGGAAUUAAGAUAUAAGUACCAAUAUGCAUUUAUUAAGUGCCUACUAUGUACCUGGGCACUGUGCUAGGGACUGAGAAUGCAAGAGAGAAAAGGAGACAAUCUCUCCCUGUCUGCUGGGGGAAACGGCAUGUUCUUUGGGAAUAUGGGACUUAAAUGCGCGCCCAUCAGGGAGGGCCGAGGGGCCCAUGAGGGAGGGCAGCUGGGGGCAUGACGGACGGAGGCACUGGCAUAUCAUGGGAGUCACAGAAGGAUUGCAAACUGAGGAGGGACGACCAGGUCCGGGCCCGGGAAGAUCGGCCCAGGAGACCAUCACACAGUAGGAGCGCGGUCCCCAGACGGAGGGGCUGGGACCCUGAGCCGAUCUCUCCAACGUGGUGGAGUCAGGAAGCCCCCGGUACCCAGAGCUCCACGCUGGGGACCCACCCUCCAGGGAAGUGGGAGAGCAGCAGCUGUGGAAGCAGAGGGGGAGGGCCUGGCUCCAACUGAAAAGUCUUUGUAACAGCAGGAGCCCAAGGGCUUGGGGAACAGCAGGUUUGUUCACCUGGAAGGGGGUGGAAACUGAGGCAGGUUUGUCGGAGGUCAGGGGAAUGGACUGUGCCAGGGGAGGGGAAUAUAGGGGCUUUCAGCUUUUAUUCUCCAAAAAGUCAUUCCCCUCUGUGGUCCUCAGUUUACCCACAAAUUAAAAAAAAAAACCCUCUUGGACUGAUUUCCCUGUUCUGGUGGCGAGGCUCCCCUUUUCUCCCAGGGAGCCCCUUCUGGAGAGCACUGCUUGGUGUGUGAAAUAAGUGGCUGGCUUUUUAUGCAUCAUGUGUAGCUAUUCCUGCCUCUUCUUGGACACGUCCCCCGCACUGGGCAGCGUCCGGCCCCGGGCGCUUGCCUUGGCUCCGUCCAGGCCGAGCCCGGCAUCGGUCAGUUAGUGCGCUCAACACGGGCUAACCUGAUCGUCACCCAGGCCCCUCUUGUGGGGGACAGAGAAGGCGCGGGGAGGAGCAGCCAGGAACCACGUUUAGGGCAGACGUGACUGAGCCGGGUCUGUGGUGAUCUAGGGCCUGGCGGGGCAUCGAGGGUUAGGCGGUCCCGGGAAUGCUCACUGAACCACCUGACCCGUAGCUUGGGAGCGGGGGUGACGUCGGUGACUCAAAGUGGCUUAAGGGUGAGGGGACCUUGGAAAACCCCAGAAAGCCCAGACACGGCUCGGAGGGACGCAGCGGACGGAGUGCUGGCUCAGAUACUUCCUGGGGCACUGGUGGGAAUGCAAGAGCACUUAUUAAGCACUUACUGUGUGCAGGCCCACAGAGGAGUCAGCCCACGCUGGGCCUCCAGGAGCCUUCAUCCUAAUGGGAAAGACAUCCUGUGGGCAGAUGAGUGGAAAGGUCCCAUGGUCCUCGGGGGCAGCAGCGAAGCCGGCCGUUAGGCUUUUCUUUCCUGAGAUUCUACUGACGAUCCAUUGGUUCUGGGGCAGAACCAUUUUCUGUGGGCUGGAGGCACCCCCAGGCUUGGGGAUAGGUCCUGGGCUGUCUGCACUAGGGGGAGGAGAGACAGGGUCCCAGUGGGGAGGGGGAAGGGACUGGCUGGUACAUGCUGCCUCCUCCCCCUCCUUCCCAUACAGUUGAGUUGCCUUGAAGGCCGAGUCACAUAUUCUGAACCCAGCUCCUCUGUAAAAUGUGAGAGAGCAGAGCUGUUAAUGGAAACUCUCCGCCACUAGGUGACACCAUAGCACUCAUCUUCCUGAAUUCCAAGAUGACCCAAGCACUGUGAGACCCUGAACAAGUCCCUUCACCCUGUUUGCCUCGGUUUCCCCAUUUGUAAAAUGAGCAGGAGAAGGAGCUGGCA